AUGUGGCUCAUUGUCAAUAAGAAGCUCAAGAAGCAAGAUGUUAUGAGUAUGUGGAACUCUUCGGGGAAUGCUAACUAUAAUCUUCUAUGUUGUUCUUUAUGUACAUCGGGCCCGGAUUCUCAUGAGCAUCUCUUUUUCGAAUGCUCGUUUGGGAUGCAAAUAUGGAAUGGAGUGAAAGUCUUAGCUGGUAUAGAAGAUGUGUGUAAUAAGUGGGAUAGUAUAUACGAGUACUUGGUGCGCUUUGGCAGCUCUAAAAGCGCGAGGAAUGUUAUUGGAAAGCUAGUGGUGGGAGCAGCAACAUACUUUGUAUGGCAAGAACGGAACAUGCGUCUGUUUUCAACAAAGCAGAGGAGUGCCUCGCGGCUAGUAGAGAUUAUUUUGGCAACAGUAAGGUUGAAACUUCACACUAUGCGGUUCAAAAGAACGGGUCAAGUGGAGAGAAUUUUACAAGAUUGGAGUUUGCCGAGAGGGCUUCUUUUUGAAGAUGAUGAUUGUGGCUAA